AUGCCUAGCAAAAAGAUGGAAGAGGUGGACAAGGAAAUAUUGGAAACCUUCAGGAAGGUAGAGGUAAACAUACCUCUACUUGAUGCAAUCAAACAGAUUCCAAAGUAUGCAAAAUUCUUGAAGGAGUUGUGCACACAUAAGAGGAAAAUGAAAGGCGAUGAAAGGAUCAACAUGGGUAGGAAUGUAUCCCCACUUAUUGGUAAGUCGGUCCCGCACAUUCCUGAAAAGUGCAAGGACCCAGGUACGUUUUGCAUUCCUUGUAUGAUUGGAAAUAGUAAAUUUGAAAAUGCCAUGCUUGAUUUGGGUGCUUCUAUUAAUGUCAUGCCUUUUUCUAUUUUUAAAUUUUUGUCUCUUUGUCCUUUUCAACCUACGUGUUUGGUCAUUCAGUUGGCCAACAGGAGUGUUACCCACCCAACAGGUUACAUAGAGGAUGUUUUGGUUAUGGUUGGUGAUCUUAUUUUUCCUGCCGACUUUUAUGUUUUGGAAAUGGAGGAGGGAUUCUCUCAUGGAUCCGCUCCCAUCAUCUUAGGCAGGCCUUUUUCGAAAAGUGCCCGAACCAAGAUUGAUGUGUAUGCUAAAACUUUAUCCAUGGAAUUUGCUGAUAUUGUGGUUCACUUUAAUAUUCUUAAUGAAAUGAAGUUCCCAGCUGAGGACCAUUCUGUUUUUAAGAUUGACAUGUUGGAUGACAUUAUUGAUAAAUAUGUGUUUGAUGAGUUUGAUUCUUUGCAUAAGAAAGAGCAUUCUUUUUUAUCUUCUCUACAUACAUGCAUUGAAUCUGAAUUUGAGAAUGAUGUUGAUUUUGAUGAGGAUUUUGAUAUCCAUGAUGUUGAUGAUGUAACUGUCAUGGAUAUUGAUUUGGAGUCUGAUGAGAUGGGUGUUCUGCCCUCACACACACCUACUCUUGGGUUGAAACAACUCCCAGAUAACCUCAAGUAUGCUUACUUGGAGGAUGAUGAGAAGAAACCUGUGAUCAUUUCCACCUCCCUUGAUGUUGUUCAAGAGGAGAAGUUGCUGAGAAAGCACAAGAGGGCCAUUGGUUGGACAUUAGCUGGCAUACUUGGCAUCAGCCCAUCUACUUGUAUGCACAUAAUUCUUUUAGAAGAGGGAGCAAAGCCGGUUAGGCAGCCACAAUGA